AUGACACGCGGUAAACGUGAUUUAGAUGCUGAGGUCGAAGGCGGGAAGAAGACUAAACUGACAAAAAAGAAGAAUUUAAUUAUCAAUGCGUUUUUGAUGGGAUCUGCAGGAAAUCAAUCGGUAGGAAUAUGGAGUCAUCCUGAUGACAAAUCAGCGGAGCUCUAUCAAUCUCCAAAAUACUGGACAGAAAUGGCAAAAUUACUUGAACGAGGCAAAUUCAAUGCUUGUUUCUUGGCAGAUGUCUUAGGGCCCUACGAUGUCUAUCAGGGUCCUGGAAAUAUCGGGCCGGUUGCGAAGGCGGGGUCUCAGUGGCCUAUUUCUGACCCUAGCUAUUUUAUUCCAUUAAUGGCGUCUGUUACUUCAAAACUUGCAUUCGGCAUAACGAUCUCGACCAUCAGUGAACAACCUUAUCACUUGGCAAGACGGCUUGGUACUUUGGACUUAAUCAGCAACGGUAGAGUGGGCUGGAACAUUGUGACUUCGUAUUUAGACAGCGCCUCAAGGAAUCUUCUCAAUGGGCAGAAUUUACCCAGCAACAAAGAGCGAUACGAUCGUGCUGAGGAGUAUGUCGAUGUUGUGUACAAGUUGUUUUUGAGCUCAUGGCAAGACGAAAGCUUCAAAGUGGACAAGAAAAAUGGAAUUUUCACCGACCCCAAUGGAAUAAGACAUAUUAACCACGUUGGUGAGCAUUUCAAUGUUCCGGGCCCCGCCAUUACCCACCCUAGCCAGCAAAAGCUGCCCGUAAUUAUUCAAGCAGGCACUUCACCAAAAGGGCGGGAACUGGCUGCCAAGAAUGCAGAAUUAAUAUUCCUGGCAAGUCUGACGCCUGAAGAUUUGGCUCUUUCAAUAAUUGACAUCAAAAAAAUAGCUCAUGAAAAGUACCAGAGAGACACUUCAAAAAUCAAAUUCGUUGCACUUUUAACUGUGAUUAUAGGCGAUACUCAUGAAUUAGCUGAAAAGAGGUACGAGGAAUAUAAAGCCGCGUAUUCUGAUGAAGAGGGUGCUAAAGCAAUGUUUUCUGGGUGGACUGGUGUUGAUAUCGACAAAUUUGAGGACGAUGAGGUGUUGACCAACGUAGAAAAUGUGGCAAUUGCUUCGUCGAUAAAAAAAUGGCAGUCUGCGUAUCCACGAGUGGAGAAAUGGACUAAAAAGGCUAUAAUAGAGGAGAUCAAGGUUGGGGGAAGUGGUCCUGUAAUGAUUGGGACUGCUAGUGAAAUUGCUAAGUCCAUCGAUCAAUGGGUCACUAUUUCCGACAUUGACGGUUUCAAUUUUGCGUAUACAGUAUUGCCUCAAUCUUUUGAAGAGAUUGUAGACAAGCUUUUGCCCGAGUUGCGAAAGCUGGGAUUAUCUUGGGACGACUAUCCAUUCUCAGCCGAGACAUCCAAGGUUUUAACCUUCAGAGAACAGCUUUUUGGCAGUAGGUUCUUGGACGUAACCCAUCCUGCUCACGACUUGAGCUGGAGAAGUGACGAAAGUCGAGACGUGUAUGAGGAACGUCUUGCGAGCGCUCUUGAAAAACUGAAAGGAAGCUAA